AAAUAAACAUCUACUUGGGGCUUUGAGGCACCAGAGGGGGAAAAAGAGACACAAAAGGUGAGCAAGCAAUUUUCAAAGGAUGCUUUCAACUCCCUGGCUAGUCCGCGUGUGUUUUCCUCUACAAAGUGUUUCCAAUUACUGUGGCACUCUCGGUAUCUGGAUCCAUCUCCAGUGAAUUCCUCUGCAGCUCCUGCCAGACAUAUGGGAUCAAUCAGGGCUUCGGCGCUGGUGCGCUUGCUGCGGGAAUGUUGACAGCCUGACAGACGCGGGGUUCUGGUGUCAUGGAAUCUCCGAGAGUCUUUGGCUUGAUCCCGGGAGGAGAAUGAGAGGGGGAGGAGGGAGAUAGAGGCAGAGAUAGAGAAAGGAGAGGGGAGAGGGAGAGACAGACAGAGGAGGGAGAGAGUGAGAGAAGGAGGGAAGCGAGAGAUUUUUCUUGACUGCCCCCUUUCCUUCAAACAUUUUAUAGGCUUCAGGGAGAGCGAGGAGGAGGAGAGAGGGAAAAGACGAGAGCGAGAGGAGUAGCGAGCGCGCGCCGUUCCCUCCCCUGUCCCCGGCCUGCCGAGUCUGGACUGUGUCCCCAGUGUCAGACAAGAGGCUGCUGAGUCUCGCGGCCGCCGUCCCGCGCCCCGCGCCGCGCACGCCCCUCCGUGAGCCGGGCGGCAGAGCAUCUCUCCGCGUCGGGCCGACGCCUGCGCUCCGGGCGACCGCUCCGUCUCCAGCGCGAUGUGGGCGCGCCUGGCCUUUUGUUGCUGGGGUCUGGCGCUGGUUUCGGGCUGGGCGACCUUUCAGCAGCUGUCCCCGUCGCGCAAUUUCAGCUUCCGCCUCUUCCCCGAGGCCGCGCCCGGGGCUCCCGGGCGGCUCCCCGCGCUGCCCACGCCCGGGGAGGACUCGGCGGCGGCGGAGAGCAAAGUGGAGCGGCUGGGCCAGGCGUUCCGGCGACGCGUGCGGAGACUGCGGGAGCUCAGCGAGCGCCUGGAGCUCGUCUUCCUGGUGGACGAGUCGUCCAGCGUGGGCCAAGCCAACUUCCUCAGCGAGCUCAAGUUCGUCCGCAAGCUGCUGUCCGACUUCCCCGUGGUGCCCACGGCCACGCGCGUGGCCAUCGUGACCUUCUCGUCCAAGAACAACGUGGUGCCGCGCGUCGAUUACAUCUCCUCCCGUCGCGCGCACCAGCACAAGUGCGCGCUGCUCAGUCGCGAGAUCCCGGCCAUCACCUACCGCGGCGGUGGCACCUACACCAAGGGCGCCUUCCAGCAAGCAGCGCAAAUUCUUCGUCAUUCUAGAGAAAACUCAACAAAAGUUAUAUUCCUCAUCACUGAUGGAUAUUCCAAUGGGGGAGAUCCUAGACCCAUUGCAGCAUCGCUGCGAGAUUUUGGAGUGGAAAUCUUCACUUUUGGCAUAUGGCAAGGAAACAUCCGAGAACUGAAUGACAUGGCUUCCACCCCAAAGGAGGAGCACUGUUACCUGCUCCACAGUUUUGAAGAAUUUGAGGCUUUAGCUCGCCGGGCGUUGCAUGAAGAUCUGCCUUCUGGGAGUUUUAUUCAAGAGGAUAUGUCCCAUUGCUCAUAUCUGUGUGAAGCCGGCCAAGACUGCUGUGACCAGAUGGCAAGCUGUAAAUGUGGGACGCACACGGGUCAGUUUGAAUGCAUCUGCGAGAAGGGGUAUUAUGGGAAAGGUCUGCAGUACGAAUGCACAGCCUGCCCAUCGGGGACCUACAAACCAGAAGGUUCUCCAGGAGGAAUCAGCACUUGCCUUCCAUGUCCUGAUGAAAAUCACACUUCUCCACCUGGAAGUACAUCCCCUGAGGACUGUGUCUGCAAGGAGGGGUACCGAGCAUCUGGCCAGACCUGUGAAGUUGUCCACUGCCCUGCCCUGAAGCCUCCUGAAAAUGGUUACUUUAUCCAGAAUACUUGCAACAACCACUUCAAUGCAGCCUGUGGGGUCCGAUGUCACCCUGGGUUUGACCUCGUGGGAAGCAGCAUCUUCUUGUGUCUACCCAACGGUCUGUGGUCCGGUUCUGAGAGCUCCUGCAGAGUGAGAACAUGCCCUCGUCUCCGCCAACCCAAACAUGGCCACCUCAGCUGUUCUAUGGGGGAAAUGUCCUACAGGACAGUGUGUUUGGUUACCUGUGAUGAAGGAUACAGACUAGAAGGAAGUGCCAAGCUUACCUGUCAAGUAAAUGGCCAGUGGGAUGGUCUAGAGCCCCGGUGUGUGGAGCGCCACUGCUCCACCUUUCAGAAGCCCAAAGGUGUCAUCGUGUCACCCCCUAGCUGUGGCAAGCAUCUGGCCAAACCUGGGAUGAUCUGUCAGCUCAGUUGCCGCCAAGGAUUCAUUUUAUCGGGAGUCAGAGAAGAAGUGAGAUGUACCCCCUCAGGAAAAUGGAGUGCCAAGAUUCAGACAGCUGCUUGUAAAGAUGUGGAAGCCCCUCAAAUCAGCUGUCCUGCAGACAUAGAGGCUGAGACUCAAGAACAGCAAGACUCUGCUAAUAUCACUUGGCAAAUCCCAACAGCUAAAGACAACUCUGGGGAAAAGGUGUCAAUCCACGUUUACCCAGCUUUUACCCCACCUUAUCUUUUCCCAAUUGGAGAUGUUGCUAUCACAUACACUGCAGUUGAUCUAUCCAGCAACCAAGCCAGCUGCACUUUCCACAUCAAGGUGAUUGAUGUCGAACCACCGAGCAUAGACCGGUGUAGGUCCCCGCCUCCCAUCCAGGUCUCAGAGAAGGAGCAUCCUGCCACCUGGGAUGAGCCUCAGUUCUCAGACAACUCAGGGGCCAUGUUGGCCGUCACCAGAAGUCAUUCACCAGGAGACCUCUUCCCUCAUGGGGAGACAGUCGUGCGGUAUACAGCCACUGACCCCUCAGGCAAUAACAGAACUUGUGACAUCCACAUUGUCAUUAAAGGUUCCCCCUGUGAAGUUCCAUUUACACCUAUAAAUGGAGAUUUUAUAUGUACUCAAGAUAAUACUGGAGUUAAUUGCACGUUGAGUUGCUUAGAAGGGUAUGAUUUCACAGAAGGGUCUACUGACAAGUAUUAUUGUGCUUAUGAAGAUGGUAUCUGGAGACCGCCAUAUUCCACUGAAUGGCCAGAUUGUGCUAUAAAACGUUUUGCAAAUCAUGGAUUCAAGUCCUUUGAGAUGCUGUACAAAGCAACUCGUUGUGAUGACACGGAUCUAUUAAAGAAAUUCUCCGAAGCAUUUGAGACUACCCUGGGGAAAAUGGUGCCAUCAUUUUGUAGUGAUGCUGACGACAUUGACUGCAGACUGGAGGACCUGACCAAAAAAUACUGCCUUGAGUAUAAUUAUGACUAUGAAAAUGGUUUUGCAAUUGGACCUGGCGGCUGGGGUGCAGCUAACAGGCUGGAUUACUCAUACGAUGACUUCUUAGACACCAUCCGAGAAGCACCCACAAGUGCUGGGAAAGCCAGAUCUUCACGAAUUAAAAGAAGUGCCCCGUUAUCCGACCACAAAAUCAAGUUAAUUUUUAACAUCACAGCUAGUGUGCCAUUACCGGAUGAAAGGAACGAUACCCUUGAAUUGGAAAAUCAGCAACGACUCAUUAAGACGUUGGAAACCAUCACAAAUCGACUGAAAAGGACCCUCACUAAGGAGCCCAUGUAUUCCUUUCAGCUUGCGUCUGAGAUGCUUGUAGCUGACAGCAAUUCCCUAGAAACGGAGAAGGCUUUCCUCUUCUGCAGACCAGGCUCUGUGCUCAGAGGGCGUAUGUGUGUCAAUUGCCCUUUGGGAACAUACUAUUCUCUGGAGCAUUCUGUCUGUGAAAGCUGCUUGAUGGGCUCCUAUCAAGAUGAAGAAGGGCAGCUCGAGUGCAAACUCUGUCCAACUGGGACUUACACCGAAUAUCUCCAUUCAAGAAGUAGCUCGGAAUGUAAAGCUCAGUGCAAACAAGGCACCUACUCAUCAAAUGGGCUUGAGACAUGUGAAUCGUGUCCGCUGGGCAGCUAUCAGCCAGCAUUUGGUUCCCGAGGGUGCCUCUCAUGUCCAGAAAACACUUCGACUGUGAAGAGAGGAGCCGUGGACAUUUCUGCUUGUGGAGUGCCUUGUCCAGUGGGUGAAUUCUCUCGUUCUGGGUUAGUGCCCUGUUAUCCAUGUCCUCGAGACUACUACCAACCCAAUCCAGGGAAGUCCUUCUGCUUAUCUUGUCCUUUUUAUGGAACCACAACCAUCACCGGUGCCAGAUCCAUCACAGAUUGUUCCAGUUUUAGUUCAACUUUCUCAGCAGCAGAGGAGAGCGUAGUGCCUGUCGCUGCUCCUGGACAUAUCAAAAAGAAAUAUGAAGUCAGUAGUCAGGUUUUCCAUGAAUGUUUCUUAAACCCCUGCCACAAUGGUGGAACCUGCCAACAACUUGGGCGUGGUUAUGUGUGUCUCUGUCCACCUGGAUAUACAGGUUUAAAAUGUGAGAUAGACAUUGAUGAAUGCAGCUCGUCACCAUGCCACAACAAUGGAAUUUGUAAAGACCAAGUUGGGGGAUUCAUUUGUGAAUGCCCAUCUGGUUACACAGGUCAGCUUUGCGAAGAAAACAUAAACGAGUGUAGCUCCAGUCCUUGUUUGAAUAAAGGAACUUGUGUUGAUGGCUUGGCUGGUUAUCGCUGCACGUGUGUGAAAGGAUACAUGGGCCUGCACUGUGAAACAGAAGUCAACGAAUGCCAGUCAAACCCGUGCUUAAAUAAUGCAGCCUGUGAAGAUCAGCUUGGGGGGUUCAUGUGCAAAUGCCCACCUGGAUUUUUGGGCACCCGGUGUGAGAUAAACGUGGAUGAGUGUCUCAGUCAACCAUGCAAAAAUGGAGCUACCUGCAAAGAUGGUGCCAAUAGCUUCAGGUGCCUGUGUGCAGCAGGCUUCACAGGGCCCCGUUGUGACUUGAACAUCAAUGAAUGUCAGUCUAACCCCUGCAGAAAUCAGGCCACCUGUGUGGAUGAGUUAAACUCAUACAGUUGUAAAUGUCAGCCGGGAUUUUCAGGCAGCAGAUGUGAAACAGAACAGUCUUCAAGUUUUAACCUGGAUUUUGAAGUGUCUGGCAUCUACGGUUAUGUCAUGCUGGAUGGCGUGCUUCCAUCUCUCCAUGCUGUAACCUGCACGUUCUGGAUGAAAUCCUCUGACAUCAACAACUAUGGGACACCCAUUUCCUAUGCACUUGAGAAUGGCAGUGACAAUACCUUCCUUCUAACUGAUUAUAAUGGCUGGGUUCUUUAUGUGAAUGGCAAGGAAAAAAUAACAGACUGUCCCGCCGUGAAUGACGGCAAUUGGCAUCACAUUGCAAUCACUUGGACAAGUGUUGAUGGAGCUUGGAAAGUCUAUAUCGAUGGGAAAUUAUCUGACGGUGGUAUGGGCCUCUCCAUUGGUUCAGCCAUCCCUGGUGGUGGUGCAUUAGUUCUUGGGCAAGAGCAAGACAUAAAAGGAGAGGGAUUCAACCCAGCUGAAUCUUUUGUGGGCUCCAUAAGCCAGCUCAACCUCUGGGACUAUGUCCUGUCUCCACAGCAGGUAAAAUCGCUGGCUACAUCAUGCCCAGAGGAACUCAGUAAAGGAAACGUACUAGCCUGGCCUGAUUUCCUGUCGGGAAUUGUGGGGAGAGUGAAGAUAGAUUCCAAGAGCAUUUUCUGUUCUGAUUGCCCACCUUUAGAAGAAUCAGUACCUCACCUGAGGACUGCAUCAGGAGACGUAAAGCCAGGCUCCAAAAUCAGUCUGUUCUGUGAUCCGGGCUUCCAGAUGAUCGGGAACCCUGAGCAGUAUUGCCUGAAUCAAGGACAGUGGACACAACCACUGCCUCGCUGUGAACGCAUUAGCUGUGGAGUGCCACCCCCUUUGGAGAACGGCUUUUAUUCAGCUGAGGACUUCCAUGCUGGCAGCACAGUGACCUACCAGUGCAAUCAUGGCUACUAUUUAUUGGGUGAUUCAAGGAUGUUCUGUACGGAUAACGGAAGCUGGAAUGGCAUUUCACCAUCAUGCCUUGAUGUAGAUGAAUGUGCAGUUGGGUCAGAUUGUAGUGAGCACGCUUCCUGCCUGAAUACAAAUGGAUCCUACAUCUGCUCAUGUACCCCACCCUACACAGGAGAUGGCAAAAACUGUGCAGAACCUAUAAAAUGUAAGGCCCCAGGAAAUCCAGAAAAUGGCCACUCUUCUGGGCAGAUUUACACCGUGGGUGCUGAAGUCACAUUCUCAUGUGAAGACGGACACCAGCUGAUGGGAGUGGCCAAAAUCACAUGUUUGGAGUCUGGAGAAUGGAGUCAUGAGAUACCAAAUUGUGAAGCUAUUUCCUGUGGUGCACCAGCUGUCCCAGAAAAUGGUGGCAUUGACGGAUCAGCAUUUACCUAUGGCAGUAAAGUAACAUACAGGUGUAAUAAAGGAUAUACUCUGGAGGGUGAGAAAGAGUCAUCCUGUCUCGCCAGCGGUUCUUGGAGCCAUUCUCCUCCUGUGUGUGAACUGGUCAAGUGUUCUAGCCCUGAAGACAUAAGUCACGGGAAAUAUCUUUUGAGCGGGCUUACCUACCUUUCUACUGUGACAUAUUCGUGUGAGACUGGAUACAGCUUGCAGGGCCCUUCCGUCGUUGAAUGCUCCGCCUCCGGCAGCUGGGACAGAGCGCCACCUACCUGCGGGCUCGUCUUCUGUGGAGAGCCCCCCACCAUCAAAGACGCUGUCAUCACCGGGAGUAACUUCUCUUUUGGGAAUACUGUCACUUACACUUGCAAAGAAGGCUAUACCCUGGCUGGUCCUGACACCAUUGAGUGCCUGGCCAGUGGCAAGUGGAGUGAAAGUGACCAGCAGUGUCUGGCAGUCUCCUGUGAUGAGCCCCCCGUCGUGGAACACGCCUCUCCAGAGACCGCCCAUCGGUUAUUUGGAGACAUUGCAUUCUAUUAUUGCUCAGAUGGCUACAGCCUGGCAGACAACUCCCAGCUCCUCUGCAAUGCCCAGGGCCAGUGGGUUCCCCCAGAAGGUCAGACCAUGCCCCAUUGUAUAGCUCAUUUUUGUGAAAAACCUCCCACGGUUUCCUAUGGCAUCUUGGAAUCUUUGAGCAAAGCAAAAUUUGCAGCAGGCUCCAUUGUGAGCUUCAAAUGCAUGGAGGGUUUCGUACUAAAUACCUCUGCAAAGAUUGAAUGUAUGCGAGGUGGGCAGUGGAACCCUUCCCCCAUGUCCAUCCAGUGCAUCCCCGUGCGCUGUGGAGAGCCUCCAAGCAUCCUGAAUGGCUACGCAAUUGGAUCUAACUACAGUUUUGGAGCCAUAGUGGCUUAUAGCUGCAACAGGGGGUUCUACAUCAAAGGGGAGAAGAAGAGUGCCUGUGAAGCCACAGGACAGUGGAGCAGCCCCAUACCCACGUGCCACCCUGUAUCUUGCAGUGAACCACCGAAGGUUGAGAAUGGCUUUCUGGAGCAUACAACCGGCAGGACCUUUGAGAGUGAAGUGAGAUACCGGUGUAACCCUGGGUAUAAGUCAGUUGGAAGUCCUGUAUUUGUCUGCCAAGCCAAUCGCCACUGGCACAGUGAAUCCCCUCUGUCCUGCAUCCCUCUCAACUGUGGAAAGCCUCCCCCGAUCCAGAAUGGUUACAUGAAAGGAGAAAAUUUUGAAGUAGGGUCCAAGGUUCAGUUUUUCUGUAAUGAGGGUUAUGAGCUUAUUGGUGAUCAUUCUUGGACAUGCCUGAAAUCUGGCAAAUGGAGUAAGAAGCCGAACCAAAAGUGCAUGCCCACCAAGUGCCCAGAGCCCCCUCUCUUGGAAAACCAGCUUGUACUGAAGGAGCUGACCACAGAUGUGGGAGUGGUGACAUUUUCCUGUAAAGAAGGGCAUGCCCUCCAGGGCCCGUCUGUCCUGAAAUGCUUGCCAUCCCAGCAAUGGAAUGAUUCCUUUCCUGUCUGUAAGAUGGUUCUUUGCCUCCCACCUCCCCUGAUUUCUUUUGGUGUCCCUGCUCCUUCUUCUGCUCUUCAUUUUGGAAGUACUGUCAAGUAUUCUUGCGUGGAUGGGUUUUUCCUAAGAGGAGAUCCUACCACCUUCUGCCAAGCUGAUGGGACCUGGAGCUCUCCACUGCCAGAAUGUGUUCCAGUAGAAUGCCCCCACCCCGAGGAAAUCCUCAAUGGCAUCAUUGAUGUGCAAGGUCUUGCCUAUCUGAGCACAGCUCUCUAUACCUGCAAGCCAGGCUUUGAGUUGGUGGGAAAUACUACCACUCUUUGUGGAGAAGACGGUCACUGGCUGGGGAAAAAACCAACCUGUAAACCUAUUGAGUGCUCCAAACCCAAGGAGAUUUCGAAUGGCAAGUUCUCUUACACAAACCUACACUAUGGGCAAACCAUUACGUACUCUUGUGACCGAGGCUUCAGACUUGAGGGCCCCAAAGCCUUGACUUGUUUAGAGACAGGUGAUUGGGAUGUGGAUGUCCCAUCUUGCAGUGCCAUCCACUGUGAUCCCCCACAGCCCAUUGAAAAUGGGUUCGUAGAAGGUGCAGAUUAUAGCUAUGGUGCCAUGAUCAUCUACAGCUGCUUCCCUGGGUUCCAGGUCGCUGGUCAUGCCAUGCAGACCUGUGAAGAAUCGGGCUGGUCGAGCUCCAUCCCCACCUGUGUACCCGUAGACUGUGGUCUCCCUCCUCACAUUGAUUUUGGAGACUGUAAUAAAGUCAAAGAUGGUCAGGGGUAUUUUACCCAAGAAGAAGACAUGAUGGAAGUUCCAUAUCUGACUCCUCACCCUCCUCAUCAUCUGGAAACAGUGGGUAAAACCUGGGAAAACACAAAGGGGUCUGUUGCUACACAUUCAGCCAAAUUUCUAUACAACACCAUGGUUUUGUACACCUGUCAUCCAGGAUACGAACUUUUGGGGAACCCUGUGCUGAUCUGCCAGGAAGACGGAACUUGGAAUGGCAGUGCUCCAUCCUGCAUUUCAAUUGAAUGUAACCUCCCUGCUGCCCCCGAACAUGGCUCUUUGCAUUUUACGGAGACUACCAUGGGCAGCGCUGUGCAGUAUAGCUGCAAACUGGGAUACACUUUGGUGGGUUCUGACCUAAGACUUUGUCUGCAGAAUAGAGAAUGGAGUGGCACUUCUCCACACUGUGAGGCCAUAUCAUGCCAAAAACCAAAUCCAAUUUUGAAUGGCUCCAUCAAAGGAAGCAACUACACGUACCUGAGUGUGUUGUACUACGAGUGUAAUCCUGGGUAUGUGCUGAAUGGCACUGAGAGGAGAACGUGCCAAGAAAAUGAGAAUUGGGAUGGGAAAGAGCCAGUUUGUAUUCCUGUGGACUGUGGUUCACCCCCAGUCUUAGCCAAUGGCCAGGUGAAAGGAAGUGAGUAUACAUUCCAAAAAGAGGUUGAGUACAUUUGCAAUGUGGGGUUCCUGUUGGAGGGAGCCAGCAGUCGGCUUUGUCUUGCUGAUGGAAGUUGGAGCGGAACCACUCCCAUGUGUGUGCCUGUCAGGUGUGCCCCACCACCACAGGUGGCAAAUGGGGUGAUGGAUGGCCUGGACUAUGGCUUUGGGAAGGAGGUGGAGUUUCGCUGUCAGGAGGGCUACAUGUUGCACGGUGCCCCCAAACUCACCUGUCAGUCAGAUGGUAACUGGGAUGCCCAGUUUCCUCUCUGUAAACCAGUCAGCUGUGGGCCUCCUGAAGAUCUACCCCAUGGCUUUCCUAAUGGUUUUUCCUUUUAUCAUGGGGGGCAUAUACAGUAUCAGUGUUUUCCCGGAUACAAGCUCCAUGGAAGUCCUUCCAGAAGGUGUCUCUCCAAUAACUCCUGGAGUGGCAGCCCACCUUCCUGCCUGCCUUGCAGGUGUUCCACACCAGUAAUUCAAAAUGGAGCCAUCAACGGGACAGAUUUUGGUUGUGGAAAGGCAGCUCGGAUUCGGUGCUUCAAAGGCUUCCAGCUCCUGGGACUUUCAGAAAUCACCUGUGAAGCCAAUGGCCAGUGGAGCACUAGCUUCCCAAGCUGUGAACACACUUUUUGCGGUUCCCCCCCAGUGAUACCAAAUGCAUUCGUCAGUGAGAGUGGUUCUUUGCAGGAAAAUGUGAUAACUUACAACUGCAGGUCCGGGUAUGUAAUGCAAGGCAGUUCAGAUCUGACUUGUACAGAGAAAGGGACAUGGAGCCAGCCUUAUCCAGUCUGCGAGCCCCUGUCCUGUGGACCCCCACCAUCUGUUCCCAAUGCCGUGGCCACUGGAGAGGCACACACCUAUGAAAGUAAAGUGAGACUCAGGUGUCUGGAAGGUUAUAUGAUGGAUACAGAUAUAGAUACAUUCACCUGUCAGAAAGAUGGCCAUUGGUUCCCUGAGAGAAUCUCCUGCAGCCCUAAAAAAUGUCCUCUGCCAGCAAACCUAACACAUAUAAUUGUUCAUGGGGAUGAUUUCAGUGUAAAUAAGCAAGUUUCUGUGUCAUGUGCAGAAGGGUAUACCUAUGAGGGAGUUAAUAUAUCAACCUGUCAGCUGGAUGGCACCUGGGAGCCACUAUUUUCUGAUGAAUCCUGCAGUCCAGUUUCUUGUGGGAAACCUGAAAGUCCAGAACAUGGGUUUGUGUUUGGCAGUGAAUACAGCUUUGAAAGCACAAUUGUUUAUCACUGUGAAACUGGCUAUGAACUAGAGGGGAGCAGGGAACGGGUCUGUCAGGAGAACGGACAGUGGAGUGGAGGGGUGGCGACGUGCAAAAAAACCAGGUGUGAAGCUCCACCUGAACUUCUGAAUGGAAAAGCUGAAGUUGAAAACAGUACCGCUGGACUCAGCGUGGUCUAUUCCUGCAACAGAGGCUACAGCCUUGAAGGGGUGCCUGAGGCCUCCUGCACUGAAAAUGAGACUUGGAGCCACCCAGUUCCUCUCUGCAAACCAAAUCCGUGCCCUGUCCCUUUUGUGAUCCCUGAGAAUGCUCUGCUUUCUGAAAAGGAGUUUUAUGUUGAUCAGAACGUGUCGAUCAAGUGUAGGGAAGGGUUCCUGCUCCAGGGUCAAAGCAUCAUUACCUGCCGCCCCGACGAGACGUGGACGCAGACGAGUGCCAAAUGUGAAAAAAUCUCAUGUGGUCCACCAACUCACGUGGAAAAUGCGAUUGCCCGAGGCGUACAUUAUCAGUAUGGGGACAUGAUCACCUACUCAUGUUACAGUGGAUACAUGUUGGAGGGCUCCCUAAGGAGUGUUUGCCUAGAGAAUGGAACCUGGACAUCACCUCCUGUCUGCAGAGCUGUCUGUCGAUUCCCGUGUCAGAAUGGAGGUAUCUGCCAACGCCCCAAUGCUUGUUUCUGUCCAGACGGCUGGAUGGGGCGUCUCUGCGAAGAGCCCAUCUGCAUCCUUCCCUGUCUGAACGGCGGUCGCUGUGUGGCCCCUUAUCAGUGUGACUGCCCACUUGGCUGGACAGGGUCCCGCUGUCAUACAGCUGUUUGCCAGUCUCCCUGCUUAAAUGGUGGAAAAUGCGUAAGACCAAACCGAUGCCAUUGUCUCUCAGCUUGGACAGGACAUGACUGUUCCAGGAAAAGGAGGACUGGGUUUUAACCACUGCACAAUCAACCAGCUCUUCUAAAAGCAGGCUCAUCUCUUCCUGGUAGUCCUGGACAUGCUGGAACUUCUACAAAGACAUUCCAACACGGUGCUGGGUCUUGUUUUAAUCAACUGGUUACUUUGUGGUCACCUUUUUAUUUUGUGUUGUAUUUUUUUCUUUCUUGUGACAUACUUUCUUACAUGUUUCCAUUUUUACACAUGCCUGUAUUUUCUAUAUAAAAAUAUAUUAAAUAGAUGCUGCUCCACUCUCACAAAAUGUACAUACUCUGCUGUCUGUUGGGAAAGUUCCUGGUACACAUUUUUAUUCAGUUACUCUCAGUGGUUUUUCAAUUAAAAUAUAUUUUGCUACUAAAUAAUGUUUUGCUGGAUAGUGCCAUUUUGUGAGGUAGUCAGGGAAUGAUGAAGAGGAUUAAUGAUCUGUGCCACUAGCAUAUUUGGGGAUUACAUGCAGUGUACUGAGAAAUUACGGUAAAGGAGAGCCUUCAUGCUAGUCCUAUCUUCUCUGCAAUAUAUGUAACAAUGAAGGUUUCCUUUUAUGUAAUCAGAAAGUAACUAUUGGACCUACUACUCUCCACACAAAAUGCUGUUCUGGUGCUGAGGGUAGCCUAGCUAAUUCUUUCCCCAAUAUUUGGAAAGCGAGAGGCAUCCACUUUAGUGGAUGGGGGAAAAAAGCAUAAUGACCAUCGUUCAAAUGAUACAGUGCUCCCUUCCUUCUCACAGUGGGAGUAAGAAAUGUAAGAACUGGAAGAUUGACACAAGGCCCAUUUCUGGGUCAUAAUCCCACAACUCACUGCUUUGGGAGAGAGGAGAUAGGAAUAAGAGGACAGAGAAAGGGAAGGAAGAAGGCACAUUUCCAGAACUGUGCUCCUGGUGCCACCUGAAAAAAAAGAAUUGAGUUGGCCCAAAGCAAAACAGAGCUGCCUCUCAAUCCCCACCAUUUCAUGAAUCUCCAUCAUUGUCCUACUGAGAUAAAAACUUGCUCAGACUACCGGGGGGAGGUGGGGGGGCAGAACGCUCUAUUUUGUUUAAAAAUCACAAUCAACUCACCUCCAUCCUUUGGGAGAACUGCUUCCACAGAGGGCAUGGGAUGAGUUGUAACAUGAUGGAGAGAUGCAGGAAUGAUGAAAAAGAUCUUGAUUGUCCUUGUGGUUCUCCUCACUGCCUUACACUCCCCAGACAUUGACUCCUCCUCCUGCUUUCUCCCGACAUUCACUCUCUUGACCAAUCUUCCAUGCUUAUGAGUAUUCCUUUUAUUUAAUUUAUACCCCAUCAACCUCCAAACUAUGUUGGCUUUUGUCAUUUAUAAUCAUAAACUAUAAAAUAAAGCUCAAAAUCUAAAUAAUAAAAGAAAAAUAGCAGUAUUUUUUUUUUUGUCUGCACCUGUGGCAUGAGGCAGUUCCCAGGCCAAGAAUCAAAUGUGAAUCACACCUGUGACCUACACCACAGCUACAGUAAUGCAGGAUUCUUAACCCACUGCACUGAGUGAGGGAUUGAACCUAAUAUCUCAGCAGCAACCUGAGCUGCUGCAGAGACAAGGCCAGCUCCUUAACCCGCUGCACCAUAGUGGGAACUCCAGUACCAGAAAUUUUAAGCUAAGGAAAGCGACUGCAAUUGAAAACAAAACUCAGUUCUGAAACUCAGUUCUGAAGGUAUACCAACUGUAUAGAAUUUGUAUUGGAUUAUUUUAAAUAGAUUUAAAGAUCUACAACUUCAGAGUAAGUCAAAUUAGUUGUGUUGUGCAGACAGAACAAGGAAAUAAAGCACCAUGGAAGUGACAUUUGCAAAUGAUAUGAAGGUCCGUAUGUCUCAAAAUGUGAUUCACAGAGUACUAAUACUAAAAGUAGUUGAAUUUUUUUAUGUUAUUGAAGUGUAUUUGACUUACAAUGUUGUGUUAAUUUCUGGCAAAAUGACUCAGUUUCAUAUUCUUUUCCAUUACGGUUUAUGAAUAUAGUUCCCUGUGCUAUACAGUAGGACCAUGUUUUUUUAUCCAUUCUAUAUAUAAUAGUUUGUCUCUGCUAAACCCAGACUCCCAAUCCAUCCAUCCCCUACCCAGUUCCCCCUUGGCAACCACAACUCUGUUCUCUGUGAAUCUUAUUUCAUAGAUAAAUUCAUUUGUGUCAUAUUUUAGAUUCCAUAUACAAGUCAUGUCAUAUGGUAUUUGUUUUUUUCCUUUAUUACACUAUUAUUUCACUUAUUACGAGAAUCUCUAGUUGCAUCCAUGUUGCUGCAAAUGGCAUAUUUUGUUCCUUUUAUGGCUGAGUAAUAAUCCAUUGUAUAGAUGUACCACAUUUUCUUUAUGCAUUCAUCUGUCAAUGGAUAUUUAGGUUGUUCCAUAUUUUGACUAUUGUAAAUAGGCUGCUAUGAACAUAGGAGUGCAUGUAUAUUUUCAAAUUAUAAUUUUUUCUAGAGUUUAUAUGUCCAGGAGUAGAAUUGCUGGAUUAUAUGGCGACUCUAUUUUUUAACUCUAUUUUGAGGAACCUCCAUAAUGUUUUCCAUAGUGUUUGUACAAAUUUACAGAAGAAUGUUAUUUUUUUUAUGUCUUCAGUACUAAAUAUAUUCACAAUGAAUUCUUAACAUUUCUAAAAAAGAAGGGUAUUUGUCCAGCAUACGAAAGCAUAUCUGUGUCUAGCCAACUAUAAUCAGUUCUAUAGUGAACUAUUAAAUGCUUCUCUAUAAAUCAGAAACAAAGCAAAAAGGCUAUCUAGUUAACCUUGAACUUUAUUCUGUGACUUCUAGCCAAAGUAAUAAGAUAUAAACUCUUAAAUAAAAGGUAUAAAAAUGA